AUGGGAUUUGAAGAGCAGCUGGCGGUGUUUUCGCCCGAUGGAAGGCUGAUACAGGUUGAACGUGCACAGCAGGCAAGCGAGCAAGGAUCUCUUGUUGUGUUUGCAGUGGGGCCUUCUGAGGUUGUGGUGAGCCUUGAAAGGAAGACAGGGAAUCGGCUGCUUAUUGAGGAGCCAAAGAUGUUUAUUAUCAAUGAGGCACAGGGGAUAUGGAUGAGCUAUUCUGGAUUCAAACCUGAUGCGUAUCUUGUGAUGAAUAUUGCUCGUAUGAUCUGCACGUCAUACAAGAGUAGUAAAGGAGAGGAUAUCACGAUUGAUCAGCUUGCAAGGCGAGUUGGAGAGUACAAGCAGAGAUAUACGGUUGUGUACCACCAGAGGCCGUUUGGGGUAACGACUGUGCUGUUUGGGCUGUGUGCCAAGCCAGUUGCAUUUGUCAUUGAGCCUAAUGGGAACUUCUCUGAGUUUUACUGUGGAGCGAUUGGGCAGAAGAGCCAGAAGGUAUGCGAUUAUCUUGAGAGGAAGGAAAGAAAUGAUCUUAUAGGGCUUACUGUUCGUGGACUGAUGGAAGUGGUGCAGUCAGAUCCAAACAAGAUCUCCACGUUUGUGAUAAGCAAGGAAGGAUGUAAACAAGCUGAGCGUUCUGUGAUUAUGGGUGUGAUUGAUUCGUCUGUAGAUCAAUAA